CUCACCUAAUCAACAAAUAACGUAGUGAUUAAGGAGCUAAUAAAGACUAAUUUGAAUUUAAAAAGUAAUUAUAAUAAUAGGAGAAAUUAAAGGUUAAAUCGAGCAAUUAUAGAGCUUGACAAUAAAAAUAGAAAGAUAAUAAAGAGAUUAAAUGUACCUGAAUGCAAACCCACGCACUGAUUGAGGAGGAAAUAAAAGACUAUUAAAACUAGAAUAGGAAGAUCAUGAUAAAUAAUUAGAAGGAUAAUUAAAUUGAAUAAUGCACUGAUUGAUUAAGAAAGUAAUAAUAAACUUUCUAUACCAUAAAAAGCUCAAGAUAGGAUGAGUAACUUUAGGGUGAGAGUAAUGGCACUUAGGAGGAGUUACCAAGUUUUAUUUCAUAAAAUUUUCAUCCAACCCAUAAAUUCUAUCAACAAAAUUUAGAAUAAAAUAUAUGAAUUUACGAAUGACGAAUCCGAUACAUUUAUCAUUUUUAAUUUACGUAGGGAUGGCAAUUACCCACCCAUGGAUAAUUUUACCCAAAUCCAAAUAGAUCCAUUUAGUAUGGGUAGGGUUUGGAUGAAGUGUAUAUGGGUUUGGGUUAGGUAUGGAUAUUGCUUUCAUAAUGUAAAUGGGUAUGGAUUUGAUAUGGAUAUCCAUUUACUUGAGGGUGUUUUAACUACACACAAAAAGUGGACCUAUUUGUAAAACAUGAAAAGUUUAGGUACCAAAAUGUAAGACCAAAAAAAUUUAGGUACCAAAAUGUAAUUUUCCAUCGAUAUUUUGAGGACUUAUAUGCAAAAAAAAAAAUUUAAUUAGGUACUAAAUCUACAUAUCUAUUAAGUUUAGGUACCAAACUGUAAUUUGCCUUUGGGCAUGGGUACAAAUCCAUGUGUUAAAAACCCAACCCAACCCAAGUAAAUGUGUAUGUAUGUGUACAAAUCCAUCAAACUCUACCCAUCUACCAUUUAUUUGGAAUCCAUACCCAACCCAAUUGGGUUGGAUAGUAAAAUACCCAUGGGUAUGUGAUGACUCGGUAUUUGCACAUGUUUUCCCCUUUGUUUCUUGAUUGUUUGAGCUUGAAUUAUUGCGUCUUUGGCCUAUUUUAUGCUAGGUUGUGUUCCUUUGUCCCAUUUCAGGUCCUAGCACAUAAAGUGAAGCAUAGGCGCAAGUUUCAAGUCAAUCAGAGAUCAAUUGACGAUUCGAGAGAAGAAACUCGGGCAUGACCUGAAGAAGAAUGGAUUUCUACCUCACUUUAUGGAUAAAGAAUCAUGCAAGUUUGUUAUGAAACGAAAGAGGACGAGACUACGAGCGUCUGGGAUCAAACGGCGACUGAUUCGGAGUCCGGACGAGGGAGAAACGAAGCAUUAAACAGAGACUGAGCAAGCCACACGGGCAGUGCAGAAAAUCCACACGGCCGUGCAAGGUGAGCUGCACGGCCGUGCGACCCUGGCCAUGUAAGAAGCCUGGAAUUCAACUAAUCGAUACGCUGCGUUUUGAAUCGCACGGGCAACUGGGUGAGCUCCACGGCCGUGCGGCCUGCCCGUGUGAGUCGGGAAUUGCUGUUUAAAACCCGAUUUUCAGCCAAAGGAAAGGAGAGAGCUGGGUUUUGGAUCCCAAACACCCAAGGGACGAACCAAAGAGAGAAAAGGCAAUCUGAGGGCAUUCUAAGAGUGGAAUUGGAGGAUUUCUUCGCCUUGGAAACUCGAGGAACAAGCCCGGACUUGAAGACUGAUCAUCUGAAGAUUCUUACUGCAGUCUCUUUCUUCUCUAUGGAGUAACUUCCCUUCACUUAGGUUUUGAGGAACCCUAGCUAUGUUUGUUUGAUUGGAUGAUUGUAUGAGUACUCUGACUUGAUAAUCUUCAGUUCAUAUUCAAUCUAUGCAUGUUUUCAUGAUUCAAUUCUGCUUUAGUCGAGAUUAUUGAUUCUGCUUUGAUCCUAUGAGAGGGAAUACCUGAUUAGGUCAAUAGAGCACCAUAGAUUGAUAGUAGUGGAUCGAUUGCUUUAGUCGAGGGUUGAUUCACUGCUUUGUAUCGAUUGAGAACCUCUUUCGAUAGAGGGAGUCUAAUUCAGAACGCCUUGAUCAGUUGUUCUAGAGAAGGAUACGUCCCUCUAGGCAAUUGACUCAAGAGGGCCUUGUUCCUUUAGUCGAGACUCAAGGUCUAGUCAAGGAUUCUCCGCAUUGUGAAUGAAAGUGAAACAAGUUGGAAAUCAUCAAUCGUUAUUCUGGCUAGUGGCUAGGGGGAAUCAUACCUAAGUGAGUUCCCAACCUGUAAUUAGAUUAACUUUAACUGUAGUUUGCUAGAGUAGUUUUAGUUCUUUCAUCUUAAUCUGAUUUGCUAAAUAAUAAACUGAAGCUGAGUAAUAGUAACUCUAGAGACCCGUGGAUUCGAUAUUUAUCACUUGAGCCACUAUACUGCAGUCCCUUUCAUUGGUUACACUUGGCCUUUGUUAGGUGUUGUGUCACAGCGAGUCAAGUUUUUGGCGCCGUUGUCGGGGACUUUCUAGAGUAUUAGGAAAGGCAGAAGUUUGUUACUUUAGCGUUUUUCUUUUCUUUUCUUUUCCACCCUUGUUUUUCACUUGGGUGUUUUUGUUUUUGUUGGUGCAGAUCUGAAUCAUGGAUCCUAAUGGCUUCUCCAAUCAUUGGGGGUAUCCACCACCAUCCGGGUGGUAUUACCCCGAGACUCCCUGGAGCAAUCAAGGAGGAGAAGACUAUGGAUUCGGGUUCCAGUACCAACCCCCUUACUACGGAGAACAACCGGACCCCUGGGCAUAUCAAGAACAACCUCAUUACCAAGAAGAAUUUCUUCCACAACCAGAAGGGCCAUCGGCGCUGGAGUUACCCAUGGCGGCCUUCACGGGCCAUUCUGCAGAGCCAUGCUACACUCCACAGCCAGAUCCACACUACGAAUUAAGGCUUCUCAUGGAGAGAUCAUGCUCCAGGAUGGAUCAUUGUGUCCAGGCCUUUCGUGAAACAGAGGAGAUCCUCCUGAGCCUUAAGAAGAGUGUCGAUGAUCUUGAGAGAUCUUUGGCACAACCUGCUCCAGAUCACCCUUCUGCUACCAUACAAGAAGAGGAGGAGGACGAAGAAGGCUACAAGGACAUUGUGGAGCACACUGAAGUUGUCACGGAGAGCUCCCGUGAUGAUCAUGAUCAGGAGUGUCAUGUCGUAGCCGACCACACCUUCCCACACCCCAAACUGAGCUUUGAAGAGGCGGGCAUGAGUGAGGAGAUGCAAGAAGAUCUCAUGAAAGAAAUUGCUUGGAAACUUGCUCUCCAAUCCGUGCUAGAAGAAGAAGAGCAAGAAAGGGUGCAGAAAGAAGUUGUGGAGGAUGACGAAAAUGAAGCUGGAGGAGUUCUUGAUCAUUUCCCAGGGGUGAUACCACAUGAAGAAGGAAGGGAGGUUGAAGAAGCAAUUGGCAUCCAGGCUGAGGACGGAGUUAAGGUGGAAGAGGCCUGCACCGGCCAUGAGUUACAUGUGAUAUCUCCACCAAACUUCGAGGAACUGUUUAGCAAGGACCCAUUUGCAGUGUCUCUUUGCCAGACCAAGGCCACAUCGACAUCGGUCCCUCUUGGUGGACGCGAUGGUGGCCAAUUGAUGUUGUCUUAUCUGGUUUGGGGCAAUGAGACGAGAGAAGAGAAGAAGAGGUCUCGAGGGUGGAGACUUCAUCUGCAUCAAGUACAUGAGCCUUCAUCACCUGCCACACCACAUGCUCGUGACUUGAGACUCCACCUCAUCGACGAGAACCUCCACUUCAAGGAGGUUCUAGCAUGGACCGAAACUUAGGAGCCAUCGUCCGGCUCACGACGUGAAAGAAGCGCUUGUUGGGAGGCAACCCAACCAGUCGGUUUGCAUUUCUUUCUCUAUUUCUCCUCGGUUGAGUCAGUUUUGCUAUUUGAUUUUAGAGUCAAUAACUCAACCUUUGUGAGAUUUUGUGUGGUGUUUGUGUUCUGAUUACUCUCUCUUUCUGGAAUGCACCGCCUGACCCGUUCAUCAUCAUUCACCCUUGAUCUGGUAACUUCGUUCUACCCUCCUUAUCUUUCCUCCAUUGAGGACAAUGUCGUGCUUAAGUGUGUGGGGAUGUUCGAUUAUGUAUGCGGGUGAAUGUUUGGCUGUUUGUGUGUUUGGAGCCUAGUCCACUGUCCAAAUUUUUGAAUUUGAGGGCUCCAAGUACGUGUUCCUUGCAAUUGCCUGCUCAGUACGCUUUGAAUUGACAGUCUUUAUAGUAAUAUGCAACCUAGGGAGGUAGUGUAGCACUAUGGAGGAUGUUGAUGCAUUUAAGAAGUCUCAUUGCUUCUUCAUAUUGUGUUGGUUGAUUGAGUGAAUUAGUGAUCUUAGGACCCUUGAAUUGUGUGGUGUUGUGGAUUCUCUACCUGUCAUGGACUCUUGUAUCAUGUUUUGAGUUUAACAGGUGCUCGAAAAUGUGCUUCAAAAUAACGUCUCCCGUGCGAAUAGGGCCAAAGUGUGUAAGGGGAGACGGGAAUUCGUUCCCAAUUUCCACCUACUACCUCCAGCCCCCUUACAUGUCUUUCCCCCGCACGAGGCUCGAGACAUCCGCUCCUGGCAUGGCCGGUAAGAGCAGGUUGGGACCCUUGGAAAAAAAAAAAAACAGAAAACAAGCAAAACAGAAAAGAAAAGGGGUUCCAACCAUCUUCAAGAAGAAAAUAGAGCACCUUGAAAAAUGUGAGUCCAUGAUCUUUUGUUUUUGAGAAUCUCUUCAUCCACAAUUCAUUUGUCCUCUGUUCACUAUUUGCCAUGAUGCCGACUCGAUACUAGUGCUCUCGCCGAAGAAGCUAUGAGAUGACUUGUGUGUCGGUUGACCUCGUAAGUUGCUAAAUAAUCUAGGAAGUCCUCU